ACUAAUAGGGACCAAAAAAAAAAAAAAAGGAUAAAAAUACAAGUUGUAUAUGAACUAUAACCAAACCAUUGCAUAUAGAAGGUUAACAUAACAAUACAAGCUUGAAACCCAAUUUUGCUUACUUUUCAAAGAAGAUUUAGUAUGGUAUGAAUUUCCAACUCUUGGUAAGCUAAAAGAACCCCAACUCCAUUAAUGCUGCAGAUACCCAGGCUUCCAAGAAAGAACACCAUGUGAGAGCAGUAAAUGCAUUUACUCCAGGUCAUUAUUGGGUUGUUGUUGUUGCUGGUGUUUUACUAAAUGUUUUUUUUUAAGACACGUUAUUGCUUCAUGAAGGCAUAGACAAUAAAAGCAGAAUCCUUUUAUGGAGUUUCGUGGUUUGUUUUUCUUAUUCUGGUUUUCAUGGAGUUUCCUAUUUGGGAGUACUUAUCAACUACAAUCCUCUGAAACCCAAGUGCUUCUACAGCUAAGAAGACAUUUGGAGUAUCCAAAAGAGUUAGAAAUUUGGAAUCAGCAUGGCAUAGAAUUUUGCUCUCUACCUUCUAGUACACAAGUAAAUAUCACAUGCCAGGAAAAUCUUCUUACUGAGCUCAGAAUUCUGGGUGAUAAGCCAUUCAAGGUUAGUGACUUCAAUGGGUUUGCAAUUCCAAAUCAAACUUUAUCAGAGAGCUUCUCCAUAGAUUCUUUCUUCACUACCAUUGCUAGACUCAAUAGUUUGAAAGUUCUUAGUCUUGCUUCUUUGGGCAUCUGGGGUCCAAUCCCAGAUAAGAUUCAUAGAUUGUCUUCUCUUGAAUAUCUAGACUUGGGUUCAAAUUUUCUCUUUGGCUCAAUCCCACCCACCAUUUCUAGAAUGGAAAAGCUUCAAACUCUGAUAAUGGACUACAAUUUCUUAAACGACACCGUUCCGGGUUGGUAUGAUUCAUUAUCUAAUCUGAAAAUUCUAAGCUUAAGGAAUAACAGAUUGAAAGGUCCAUUUCCAUCGUCAAUUGGGAGAAUCACAACUCUCACUGAUCUUACAAUGUCUAACAAUGAGAUAUCAGGGAAAUUACCAGAUCUUGGUAGCUUGAAGAACCUAAGUGUUCUGGAUUUGAGUGGGAACAAAUUAAGUUCCACACUGCCCCAAAUGCCCAAAGGGUUGGUGAUGAUUUUCCUCAGUAACAACUCCUUCUCUGGUGAAAUUCCAAAGCAAUAUGGCCAUUUAAGUGGGCUUCAACACCUUGAUUUGUCAUCUAAUACGCUUAGAGGAAUCCCGCCAACAUCACUAUUCACUUUGCCCAAUAUCAGUUACUUGAAUUUGGCAUCAAAUAUGUUGAGUGGCUCACUUCCAGACCAUCUAAGCUGCGGAAGCAAACUUAGAUUGGUGAGUAUGUCCAACAAUAUGUUAACUGGGGCAUUGCCUUCUUGUUUGAGAUCAGAAAAGAGAGAGGUUAACUUUGAUGGGAACUGCUUAUCCACUGAUAUAAAGCAUCAGCAUAAAAAAUCACAUUGUGAGAAUGUCACCCUGAAGAGCAAACAAUCAAGAGGAAAAAAUUUAGCCAUCUUGGUGGGUGUGAUUCUUGGAAUAUUAGUGCUUAUGUUGGUUCUGGCUUUAGGCUUUCUUGUUCUGUGCAGAAGAUAUUGUCCUAGAGGAUUAUCAGAACAACAUUUAUUGCAUAAAUCAGUGCAGGAUAGCUCAACAGCAGGUUUCUCUACUGAGCUUCUAUCAAAUGCAAGGUUUAUUUCUGAAGCUGCAAAGUUGGGCACACAAGGCCAACCGGUGUGUCGAUCCUUUUCUUUGGAAGAGCUAAUGGAAGCUACAAAUAACUUUGACAACUCUGCCUUUAUCGGUGAAGGUUCAUAUGGGAAGCUUUUCAAAGGAAGACUAGAGAAUGGGAACCAAGUUGCUAUAAGAUGCUUGCCUUUAUCAAAGAAGUUUUCCAUUCGAAAUCUUAAACUCAGGUUGGAUUUGCUGUCUAAGCUCCAACACCAACAUUUGGUAUACCUUCUAGGCCACUGCCUUGGUGAUGGUGGACGAGCCGCUUACAAUCUCAACAAGGUCUAUCUUGUUUAUGAAUAUGUGCCGAAUGGAAGUUUUCGCGAUCAUCUCUGUGAAAAUAGUUCCAGAAAGGUCCUCAAUUGGUCAGAAAGAUUGGCUGUUCUAAUUGGUGUUGCCAAGGCAGUGCACUUCUUGCAUACUGGAAUUAUACCUGGCUUCUUCACCAAUCGACUUAAGACGAACAAUAUCCUACUCAAUGAGCAUGGAAUGGCAAAGUUAAGCGACUACGGUCUAUCCAUUGUCUCAGAAGAAACUGAAAAAUAUGUGGCAAAAGGAGAUGCCACUAAAACCUGGCAAUUGACAAGUAUAGAAGAUGACGCUUAUAGUUUUGGAUUCAUACUGCUAGAAGCAAUAGUUGGACCUUCACAAGCCUCAAAAAGAGAAGCCUUCAUUCUAAAAGAAAUGGGAGCUUUGCAAAGCAAAGAUGGCCAGAAACGGAUAGUUGAACCGGUUGUACUAGCAACAUGCUCUCAAGAAUCAUUGUCAAUUGUGAUUACCAUAAUGAACAAAUGCAUUUCUCCGGAUGCUAGUCGACCUUCUUUCGAAGAUAUUCUUUGGAAUUUACAGUAUGCAGCUCAAGUUCAAGCAACUGCUGAUGGUGAUCAAAGAACUGAGGCUGCAUCAUGAGCUGUGUUUUCAAAUGUUGAAGAAAUUUCUUUGAUUGAGUUAGAAACACUUUUGACUUACUUUGUAGGCUAUGUUAAACAGAGGAACGUGCCUAAAUCUGGGCAGUUUUUACUUCUGAUUAUCAAUAUGUAUGAUUUAAUGUAAUUGUAAUAUAUAAUUUCUAUUUGUAUUAAUCUUUAAUAUUAGUCC